AUGGCGACGGGGACGACCUGUGCUCUUAUUCUCGUGGUGUCCACCUUUGCAUUUGCCGCCGGACUCCAUGGUGAGACGCAGGAUCUACCUGGGGAUGAGUGCAACGAGCCGGGCUGCUCACAGAAUGCCAUGCAGCUGAGGGUGUUGAAGAGAUACACUGAGACUGCAACGAAUGACUGCCAAGACUUGCAAGAUAUUACUGAAGGUGUUUGCAAGCAAGAGGUUGCGUGGGCAAGGGAAACUGGAAUCCAGCAACAUCCUGAAUGGUACCCAGGACUUUCAGCCCAGUCUAGUCCGUUAGACUUUCAGUGCAAGGUCUUCCAGGCCAGCCAGUCCAAGUGUCCGAGACCUUGUGGUGUUGCUUGCACUCCGCCAACUCCACCGCCAAAAGCCGCACCAACUUGUGCUGGGGUGGUGUCAGAGAAGUGUUUGUGCGUCUUCGACAUCGACCGGACCCUGACCUCCAAGCAGGGGAUGCAGGACAAGUGCCCAGGUUCCAAGGAUAGCGAUGGCAUUAAGGAUACCGCCUAUGGAGGUGGUGAUUUGGUACUGUCACAGCUGGCAGCCUCUGGACUUUCCAAAACUUUCUGCUCCAAAUGUUACGUGGGCAUUGUCUCGCACGGUGAUGGUAGCGGUCCACUGUCGACCGAAAGGAAAGAGUUGUUGGAGGCGCUGAAGACAGAUGCUAUGGAACACCUGGUUUUGAGAGCGUGGAACGCUGCCUGGAGCGAUAUGAAGUUGAUGACACCAUUUUACGUUGCUUACCCAGAUGCUUUGAAGCAAGAGGCUGUUCUGAAAAUUUUAGACUGGUAUGCAUCCCAAGAGGUUUGCAUUCAGCGAGAAAAUACCUAUUUCUUUGAUGACAAGGAUGAGAAUAUUCUCCCUUUUAGAGGCACCGGCAUGAAUGCCCAACAGAUUUCCUGCCAAUCCAGAGAUCCAAUCCUGGGAUGGGGCGACGUUGGUCUUUGUGGGGCUACGCAGGGGGAGCUUAAAGCCGACAAGGGAGUGAGUGUUUGCAAGAUCGAUUGCGGAUGGUCUGAAUGGUCAGCUUGGAGUGGCUGCUCAGCAAGCUGCGGAGGAGGGCAGAGGUCUCGAAAUCGCGGAGUCAUCAUCAAGCCCAGAAACGGUGGAAAGGCAUGCGGCAAUGGCAAUGAGAUGGAGGCAUGCAAUCCGGAGGCCUGUCCAACCACCACGACUACCACGACUACCACCACCACAACCACAACGACCACAGCAUCCACAUCCUCAACGGCCUCAACGGCCUCAACGGUUCAGGGGGAUCCUGCAGCAGAGGCCCCUGAGCUGGAAUCUCCUGCGGAUGAAAUUGCGGAUGCCCAACCAGCCCCCAAGCUGGAAUCUCCUCCAGAAGAAGCUGCAGAUGCUCAACCAGCACUUGGAGUGUCCCGGGGUUGA